AUGAAUAUGAGCGCAAUUGAAAUUAUACAUUUCUGCAUUGAUAAGGCCAGUAAUUCUGUAUUGAUAAGGCCGCCUGAAAUUCCAACUAGUCAUUGCAGAAAAAGCUCUUUUCCCUCUCUUUUCCUGUUCCCUCCAGGCCCUUCUUGCUUCUGUUACAUUGCUUGCUGUCAGGAAAAUAUGUCCAAGGAAGCAGACUUGAAGAAGAUUGAACUCAAGGUUUCUGUCAUCUGCUGUGAUGGCUGUAAGAGGAAAGUUAAGAAGAUUUUACAGAGUAUUGAAGGUGUUCUAAAGACUGAAAUAGAUCCUUUACAACCCAAAGUUACAGUCUUAGGAAAUGUUGAUCCACAAAUUCUGAUAAGAAGACUCUUGAAAGCUGGAAAACAAGCAGAAAUGUGGAGCCAGGGGAGUCAGAAUGCUGGAAAAGAAAAGAAAGAAGCAGAUAUCUCUGUAACAAAAGAGGAAGACAAACCAAAAUCUGAGUGUGGUCAAGCAAAAUCCUCCAAUUCAUCCAGCAAUUCUACUGAUAAGAAUAAAGAGGCUAAAAAUUGUGGGGAUGGAAGUGAAAAUAAAGCUCCAAAGAAGGAUCAGAAAGACACAGCAAAUAGCAAUGUAAAUUCUUCUUCCAGCCCUGAAAUUGUCAAGACGGAAAACCAUCUGCUUCCGCACCCACAACCCAGUAACACCAACUUUCCAAGCAUGUUUCAGGAUUUGGGUAAUGUCAGCACUUGGAAUCAGUAUUGUUACAAGGUUGAGCCUUAUGCAAUUGCCAUACCCUAUUAUGCAUUACCUUCAUACACAGUUACUCCUCUGUCUCCAACCUGCUAUGGCCAAGAAUUUCUACACCAAGAGCGGCCAGUAUUUCAACAACCAUUCCAGGCACCAGCAGUACGAGUUGGUGAUUACUUUAGUGACGAAAACACCAUGGGAUGUCAUGUAAUGUGAGACCUGCAUGGCUAUGCAAUGAAGAUGAGGAACAGGACAAUUUGUCAUAAGGUGGCUGAUUCA